UCAUUCAUCAUUCAUCAGCCUGAAUAAACACUAAUUCACACAUUAACAAUAAGCAUGCCUCGGAUUUAUUUUUUUUUCAUUUUGAUAUGUUAAAAUAAUUAAAAUAAAACUACUAGAUCUGUAAAAUACACUUGUUUAUGCAUUUUCAACAUAAUCUCAAGUCUUACAAUGAAAUAAAAUAAAUGUUUUUACAUUUGGAAUAAUGAAACAGCAACUGAACAUUUUAUAGAUGUUCCAUAGACUAUGAAAUAUAGAAAAGGAGAAAUAAUGCAAAUCAAGCAGUGAGUGGAAAACAAUCUCAACGAUAUUGUGGAACAUGAAUGUGAUGACUAUUCUAUUCACCACCAACAUUCUUUUACAUGUACAGACAUAAAUUAGAAGUAUCCCCCUGAAGCAACAUAUUUAAUAAACAGACUGUAGGUUCAUGUUUUUAACAAACUGUAGAUUCAUGUUUUUAACAAACAUAGAAAAUAAUCAUGAUAAUAAGCAGGGACCGAACAGACGCCCACUUCCAGGAGGCGGAGUGAGGAGUGAGCCUUCUCCAUUUCUUUGCCGUAAACCGGGAGCAAACGUCUGAAACUCCAUCCGCAGUCAUGUCUUGUUGUUGUGAACUCCGGAGGAAAGCCUUCAUCUCCAGACAUGUAACGUGGAAUAAAUAGAAGCACGUCCGAACAUGCGCUGAUCCAUCGCACUGUGACGAGCUGGUCCGAGGCGCGCCUCCCCCUCCGUCACGCUGCUCCCCAGCCGGUGCGAGCGCUGCCAUGGAGGUGGGCAGGCUCCCCGUGGAGCUGUGGAGGGUGAUCCUGGCCUACCUGCCGCUCCCCGACCUGGGCCGCUGCUGCCAGGUGUGCCGCGCCUGGAGGGAGCUCAUCCUCUCCCUGGACAACACCCGCUGGAGGCAGCUGUGCCUGCGCUGCCCCGAGUGCCGCCAUCCCAACUGGCCCAGUCAGCCCCACCUGGAGCCGCCGUCCUGGAGGGAGGCCCUGAGGCAGCACGCCAUGGCCAGCCGCACCUGGGCUCAGAACGGCCCGGAGCUCCAGUCCUCCACCUGCCUCCUGUUUUUCCGCCGACGAAAGGACCGCCGGGUCUGGCAUGUGGGGCCCGGGUGUGAGUUUGAAACCCUACGCGGGGCCCUCGGGGUGGCGGGGCCGUACGACCGCGUGGUUCUCCAUCCCGGUGUGUACGAGGAGCAGGCGGAGGUGGCGCUGAAGGUGCCCGUGGAGUUGGUGGGUCUGGGCCAACUGGGUGAGGUGGCCCUCCUGGUGUGCAUAGAGCAGCAAUGCCCCACCGCCAGGCUGUGUAACCUGGUGUUCAUGCCACCCUGGUUCUCCACUGUGGUUUACAAGACAUCGUGGGGUCACGUCCAGCUCGAUAACUGCAACUUUGAGGGGGCUCAGUUGCAAAUCCGCGGCCCAGGAACCUGCCAGGCUCGCUUCUGCUCCUUCUCACAGGGAAGCUCGGCCCACCUGCUGGGUGUCGUCCUCAGUUUAUUGGACAGCUGUGACUUCUCAGGAAGUGACACCGCUUCAGUGACCGUGGAAGGUCCGCUGUUGUCAGAAAGGAACUGGGCUUGCAAACACUUGGCCGCUCUGACCAGGACGUUCCCUUCUUGUGGCGUGUCCGGGAAUAACAGUAAUUCAUCAAGAGGCCCACAGGCUGGCUCCACUGGUGGACCUCAGCCUCUGGGUAUUAAUGUCAAAAAGGAGCAUGUGAGCAUGGAGGACUGGCAGAGGAGGACUGGGGUAGAUGCAUUAUGUCAGGAAACUGUGAUUGAAGAUGGCUGGAGUGAUGGUGAGCACAGCGAGGGAGAGGAGGAAAGCCGAGAUGGAGAAAAGACCAAAAACCCAUUUUCAUUGGAUUACAAGAUCUCAUGUGACAAUCAUGGACUAUCCCAUUUGCUCAAGCCCCGGUCAGACGGCUCUCUGCCACUGGUUUCUUCUCCGCAUCCCCUACCUGUGACCCCCGAACCCCUCACCCUUCAGCAGGAACUGGACAGGGACCCAGAAGCUCAGAUGCUGGCAACGUCCACCCUCGGCUGCAUCCUCAGACGCUGCCUCUUCAGGGAAGGGAAGGGUGGCGUGCAUCUGUCUAAUUAUGGACAAGCUCGGUUGGAAGGCAACGUUUUCCGUGGGCUCAACUACGCUGUCCGCUGCAUCCAGAACUCCACAAUAGUGAUGCUCAGAAAUGAGGUGUGUGAGUGCCGUGCCUCAGGUGUCUUCCUGCGUCUCUCGGCUCAGGGCCUCAUCGCCGAAAACAACAUCCACUCGAAUGGAGAGGCGGGGCUGGACAUCCGGAAAGGGGCGAAUCCCAUAAUUGUGUGCAACAGAAUACACAGUGGUUUGCGUUCUGGGGUUGUGGUCCUUGGCAAGGGAAAAGGUUCAAUUCGGAGCAAUCAGAUCUAUAACAACAAGGAAGCGGGCGUGUAUAUUCUCUUCAGUGGGAAUCCUGUGGUCAGUGGGAAUCAUAUCUUCCAGGGCCAGGCAGCUGGGAUUGCUAUAAAUGAGAAUGGUAGAGGAAUAAUAAAAGAUAAUGUGAUCAAAGAAAACCAGUGGGGGGGUGUAGACAUCCGAAGAGGAGGUGAUCCCAUCUUGAGGAACAACUACAUCUGCUACGGCUUCUCAGACGGCGUGGUGGUGGGAGAGAGAGGACGCGGACUCAUUGAGGGAAACCACGUCUACUGUAACAAAGGCUGUGGUGUUUGGGUAAUGUCGUCCAGCCUCCCGCAACUCCUGGGAAAUUACAUCACCCAUAACUGUAUGUAUGGGCUGGCAGUGUUCUGCAGGAAAGACCCGGAGAACAUCGACGCCAGGGAGGGUAACUGGCCAGGCCAGGAAGGGAUCGGUGGAGACGGAGCCAGCGGGGAAAGGGGAGAAGGAAGAGAAGGGCAGGAGAACCUCAAUGAAGAGGGGGAAUUGUUUGCAUGGGAGAGUGAUCUGGAAAGCGAGGAUGAGCGUCACUCUGCCCGUCGCUCCAUCAGUGUGGCGCUGGUGGAGGGCAACUGCAUGAGCUACAAUAGAGCCGUUGGUCUGUAUGUGAAGAGCAGCGAGCCCCUGAAUGUUUUCGCUAACCUUGUAAACAGUAACCGUGGCACUGGAAUCGCUGUGCUGCAGAGCAGUCAGCUGACCCGGCUGGUCACUAACUGCAUUCUUGAAAAUGGUCGAGCCGGUGUUACAGUGGAGAAAGACUGUCGGGUGGAACUUCGUGGUAACGGCAUCUAUGAAAACAACGGCCACGGCAUCAGUUUCAGUGGCAACGGGCAGAUUGCAGAGAAUGAUGUGGUUGGAAACCGUGGAUAUGGGAUCCAGGUGUCGGGCAGUGUUGACAUCAAGGUGCUGCGUAACCGAGUCCAACCAGCGCAGGGCUGUGGCAUUGCUGUGAUUGGACCAGUAAAAGGUGUCGUGCAUGACAAUCUCUUGUUCCAGGGCCAUCCUGGAAACAAGAAAACACUCCUACACAUGGAUCCUGGCAAUGACAGCUGUCUGUUACGGAACAACAAUAUUCUACGACACAAUAACAGCUGUACAUCUGCUCCUCCCUGGGCGCUGGAAAACCCUCCACCCCGGCCACUGGCCAGCUCCCCCUCUGGCCUCUCCUCAAGCCAGUAUCCUUCCCGUCUUGGAAUAUCCAUGACAACCAGGAUCAGCGCCACUGUGGAGAGUGGUUGUCACAGUGGAAGCAUGUUCUGCUCCAUCCUGUGAAUACUUGGAAGCACUUACUAUUUAAUAUGAUUGAACUGGUGUGUUAUCAUAUAUUUGGAGAACUUUAAACUUCCUCAGAGAAGAACCUCCAAAUGAUGCUCUAUUGUUAAGGUGGAGCAAUCACCUGGAAGCAAGAGGCUGCACCGACUUAACCACUAAAGGGACCAUCCACCUUCCGGUUCACAAAGGUGGCACAACAUUUUGUACAUCUGAAACCAGACAUUUGUAAUUUAAGGAUAAAUCCAAGUGCAUUCAUCAAAUGUGGACUCACAAUGUGAAGCUGGAGGACAAGACAUUCAAGCAUUGUCACCAUCCUACUAUACCUUAAACAACCAUUUCUAUACUAAGGCUUUAUCUUUAUCAUGUUCUCAGAUUUCAUAUUCACAUGCAGGAUCACUGUUGACUUCGUGGGUUUUUGUCAUUUUGCUUCUGAGACGUACUGGAUAGGAUGUGCACAUGUAUCAAAGUCCUAGCAGGAAUCUAAAACCCCAUUCAGACCUGGCACUAACAUCCAUCCUUAGGGAUCCUAUCACAAGUGUUCAGCAUUAAGAUCACAUUCAGAGGUGGUCUGGGACUCAGGUGGCCACAUGCAAUGUGUCCCGGGCCACAUAUGAAGGACCUGUGAUCGGAUCUCUCAAGACGGAUGUUAACACCAGGUCUGAACGGGGCCACAGGCAUCAGAGAUGUCAGCCUCAACCAUCCUACAAAGUAAAGUUGUGCCUUGUUUCACUUCUUCAAUCAGUGAUUGUAGCUAGGGAAGGAGUUGUCAUAGUGCAAGGUGUAUAUGCAAAAAUGAUGGAGCUGCUGUAUUUCCUAGUGAGUCUGUUUUUGUAUCAUGCCUAUUAUUUUAAAAUGAAGCUUUGACUUUGUGGUGAAAUGCAUUUAUCAUUCCAGUAAACAACCACACAGACUCACUUGGUGAUAGCGAGUUACUGAAGGAACAUUUUGUUCAGUGUGCAAUAUGUGAUGUCUACAAAUGUGCCUCUGUUUUAUCUGUCUCUGCUAGAUGUUUGUCAUCUAGAAUUUGUUUACAGCUCAAUACUCGGCUGCUUUUUUGUAUCAUGCACAGUAAAUAUUAACUAAAAAGCUCAUGUAUAACUCAAAGUUCACCGUUUUAUUUGUCUACAAAAUGCAUCAAUAAAACAGUUUUCUCUUGAUCUGGUCUUUA